AUGGAGCCUGACGAGACCACGUUGGAUCAAGAUGCUAUCGACAAGAUACCCCAAAGUUCUACCCCUCCACUGCGGAUGAACGUGGAAGGUGCUGCAGCAGCAGACGUCUUCCGCAACCACCGUCGCCUUGUCGAUUGGGUCCUGGAAAAUGAUGGAUACAUGCACCCGCAUGCUCAGAUUGCCUUCAGCUCGCGCAAUGGGUAUCAUGCUGUGGUCGCUGACGGACAUUCUCUUGUGAGCGGAACUCGUGUUGCAAGUUGCCCGAUGACAAUUACAUUAUCAGUGCUCAAUGCUUUCAACAUUGACCCAUUCUCAAAUCAUGACACUUGCUUUCCAACGCCUUUUCUAUACAGUCAGUCGAAGAAACCUGAGUCUCUGCAAGCCUUCUUUCUGAUGGAGCAAUUGAUCCUUGGAGAAAAAUCUUGGUGGGCUCCCUACAUUGCCACAUUGCCCACAGUGGAAGACAUCACCGCCAUGCAAUUUGAGGAGGAAGCGGAUGCCAUGUGGCUCGAGGGAACCAAUCUCAAGGGCGGACUCUCCACUCAAGCUGCCAAGUGGGAAGAUAUGUACUCACAAGGCUCGGCUCAUUUGAGGAAACUGGGCUGGCCCAGUGCACUGAAUGGAUCUUACACCUGGCCUCGCUUUCGCUGGGCGGCGACCAUUUUUGGCAGCCGUUCUUUCACCUCACAGGUCCUUGAUGCAACUCUUCCCGCAGACCUUGCGACCAUUCAUCGCCGGCAAGAGCCGUACGACCUGGUCAAGCUCUUUGGAGACCGCUUUGCCGUGCUACUUCCGCUCCUCGAUCUCCUCAACCACAAACCCGCGGCCCAGGUCGAAUGGCAAGCCCAAUACCAUUUUGUCGGGCUUCAGAUCCUCGAGGCCUAUGAGUCUGGGCAGGAGCUUUACAACAACUACGGUCCCCGGGACAAUGAGGGUCUUCUUCUGGCGUACGGCUUCACUAUUCAACACAACCCCUUCGACCAUCUUGUCGUCAGCAUCAAAGCGCCGCCUGGGUCGCCGCUGGAUGUGGCUCGCCGACUAUGGAAGCAGGACAUCAGAUCAGACAUUGAAAGAAGAUGUUUCAUAUUCAACCACAAACAUCCCGAGUCGACGUCGGCGCUAGCACUAGAGUCGUCACUCUUCUCCUUCGACUUAUUGGACAGUAUUUCCAUUCUGUGCGCCAAUGAUCGUGAAAUGCAGAGCAUGACGAUGAGAAACCAGUCUUUGAUGAGCUUCUGUCUCGCCGACGAGCCCCGUUUCCAAGAUCGUCGCAUUAUAUUGGCCACUCUGGGCCAACUUCUGAGAGAAUGCAUUGCACGCUCUGAAAGGCUAAGAAACACAGAUCCACGUAAAACCAUUCCCGGGUUGGAGCCUGCCAAUUCGAAACAAUCCAACGCCAAAGUCUACCGAGAGAGUCAGCUAGAGAUCGUCGAAACAGCGGUUGCGCUUUGCAACUUCGUGCUGAGAUGCGCCAUCGGUGGGAGCGCGGACGCCGAACAGAUAUUAACUGGUAUGCAAGGCCAAGUCUCAAGUUCUGCUUUGGCAAAUUUGAGGCUUCUGACUAGAAGGCACGUUCGGCUUACUCGCCCCUUUGAGCUUCUUAGUCUGGAUGGCCUGGUCGAGAUGGUUCCCAAUUCUGAAAGUGUCCGAAAAUGCUUGGUCAAUUUGAGCCAACAACUCCAGAGCAAUGCUGAUGGCACGGGAUCGAUUGAUGCGUCAAGCCCAACAAACUUCAGCAAAGGUCGACUUGCGGUUGCUCUGUCAGCACUAUACAGCGAAUAUGCUCAUGGCGUCAAGCUCCCACACAGAGUCACGGAAUGGGUCAAACAGUUAGUCACAUGGUAUCCACCGGAUAGUGAUUCCUGGGCGUAUGUGCCGACUCCUGGCCCAUGGACACCCGGAGAGGAGCCCCCGGCUGAACUGAUGGACCUUCUUGCUGCCCGGGCUGCUCUGUCUCCGACAAUAGCGGUGGACUCGACCGUCAAACGAUGGCUGAGACCCGAGAGGAUAUGCUGGGGGUGGAAUGUCAUGGAGGAAGAGAAAGUGACUCUCCCCUCGUAUCUUGUAGAGGAGGAGUCCAAUGGAGUGACAGACGGCAUAUCGCAUUUGAUCUAUUGGCAGCUGUACUAG